AUGAGUAAACAGUAUAUAUCUACAGUCAGUGUAUCUCAGGCUCACAAACUGGAUAUUCUUGGUGUUGCUAUUACCAAUAAGUUUACUGUGUCUGUGUCUAGUGAUGGAUAUGCAAAAUUCUGGGACAACAAGCAAGAUGAAGUUCAUCUGCCUAAAGAAUUUGUCCAACUGGUAUUUAUAGAUAAAAGUGGAAUCCAUGCUGUGGCUGUCUAUGAAAAUGUGUUGCCCAGCUCCACAUUGAAAGUAACAUUGCUGGCAUUUGCAUGUUUCAAUGGAUCUAUCGUCUUCAAAUACUAUGUCAAUGAUGAUUUUUCAACUAUACAAAGUCUAACUGAUGAUGUAAAAUCAUUUCGAAGCAAUUGCUGGACUCCUGGCUUUUACCGUGAUCCAGAAUCUAAGAAAGACUAUUUUAUUACAACCAAGACUAAUGGCACCACCGAAGUUUAUUUAUUAAAUAUUGUUGACCAAGAUGGGAAACCUCUAAUCACAUUUGAGAAAUAUGGUCAAUUGAAAGGAAACGCUUCAUCUUUUCCAAAUUCUUUAGCUAUAUGUCCAACAGAGAACAAGAAAUGUGCUGUGGGGUACAUCAAUGGUGAUGUGUUGUUAUAUGAUUUUGUCAGCUUGAAAUUGAUAUACACAUUUCGUUCGGGGGAUUUAGUGACUAGUAGAAAUUCUCAGUCGACAUCUAUACCUAGGGUGUUGGCAUUUUCCCCUGGUGGAACCUUAUUGGCUGUAGCAAGAGAUAAUCAAGCUGCUGGGUCAAUUACAUUGUACGAUGUCGAUCAUGGUGAGAAUGUGGGAUCUUUGGCUACACCAUCACACUCGGCAAAAUCUGUUGUUGGUGGGUUUGCCCACCAAGGUUGGAUUUUGGGGUUGAGUUUUGAUGAGGAAGGUAAGCAUUUGGCUAGCUGUGGGUUUGACAAAUGCAUAAGAGUUUGGAAUUUAGAAACAAGCGAAAGAGAGGCAACAAUUAAUAUAUCUGUAUCUGAUUUAGACGAUACUACACAUGAUGAGCAAGACGAAAGUGUUGCAUCUGGAGUUGCUUUUAUUAAAAAGGGAGUGAGAGGUGGUUCCGGUGGUGACAGUAAUGAAGGAUUGUGUGUAGUGAGUUUCGAUAGAGGAAUAAGAUGGUACCGAGAGGCAGGAGGAAUAUAG